UGCUUUUGUGUUUAUUUAUCUCGAUAAGGAGAAGGGAGAAUAAUGUUGAAGACUGUCCUUUUUCCAGUCAGUAGACUGUAAUGAGAAGUAUUUCCUCGCAGUCUCAUAGCAGCUGGGGGACUAGAUCGAUCAUGGGCCCAAGGAGUCCACAACCUUUAAAAUUUAGGUUUUUUUAAUUUUUACCCCAUACUUACACCAAACAAGAUCUAACAUAGUUUUUAAAUGCAACAAUGGAUUUUAAAAUAAUUGAGAUUAACAAAUUUGUUGAAGUAUUGUGAAAAUUAUACCAGAAACAUAGAAAUGUAUUCAUAUGCGAUCGCACUCAUGGAUAAGAGAAAAUAUGAAUACGAGAUCGCAGACUUUUGAAUUGGAAGUGGAAGGACACCAGGUCGAUGAAGCAGUGGCGAGCAUUUUCCAUACAGUAUUGUUUCAUCGGUCGCUCGGGAAGUUCAGCUACAAACAAGAAGGGAGUUACUCAGUGGGAACAGUAGGCUACGAAGAUGUUGAUUGUGAUUUCAUCGACUUCACCUAUGUCUGCUGUUCAUCGUUCAACUUGGACAGGACCCUGAAAAAGGAAAUUUCUGGGUUUUCGGAAGCGCUGAGAGGGAACGACGGACCUGGCUCGGGACAGAUUUCGCUUGAAUUCUUUCAGAAAAAGAAAACGAGAUGGCCGUUUCAAUCGGAAUGCAUACCUUGGGAGGUCUGGAAUUUGCGGCUAGAACUUAUCAAACUGAAUACCGAGCACGAAAGGCAACUCUUCAGGGAAAAGGUGGGUGAACUUUUAACAGAAAAGAUACUUUAUGUCGCUGAGGUGAUGAACCGGCAUGAUUAUGUGCCAAAAAUGCCAAAUCAAUCAGAACUGGAUUUAAUAUUUGACACCACUUACCCAGAUAUUCAGCCUUAUCUUUUUAAACUGUCAUUCACUACAUCUGGCCCGACUACAUCUUCAGUAGGAUCAACAGUUAAAAAAUUGAUUAGGGAGACACUGUCUUUGUAAUUUAUACGAUAUUUAAAAAUGUGUAUAUAGCGGUUUAAGUCGUUCGUGUAUAUAUUGUAUAACAACUCGAUAUGUCUAUUAAAAAUAAAAUUAUAAAAUUAUGAUUUUUAAAUUUAUUUCGGAAAAUUUGUAUAUAAUCCAAAAGUGAAUUUGGUGAAGAUUAUUUUUUUAAUUUGUGUCUAUAAUUUUAUUCUUCUCACUUUGUUGUAUUUAUUUCCUGCCCUAAGUCGUAUCGUUAGUUUGUUCUCUCGUAAAUUUAAGAAAGUAAUUUAUUAAAAUGUACAAUUAACUGCUAAUUUUGUAAAUAAAUGGGUCUAUUUUUACAAAUGAGACGUUUCAAUGUGCAAAAUUGUCGCAAUUUAGUCCAAGUUGCUUGCCGUAACUUGCAUGUCAGAAGAUAAAAUGAUUUUUGCAAUAUAAUUAUGUAAAUACUUAAAAUUGUUGAAUGUAUUACAAAAAUAAUGAGCAGCUUAAUGUCUUGUUUUACUAAUUGUGAAAUGUGUGCCUACAAUGAGGUGAUGUAAUUUCCAUACAUUUUUUUUCUAUUUUGCAUAGAAUAAACAUUUUUAUAUCAAAUGACCAAAUUCGAAGGUACAUUUUAUUAAAAUUUCAAAUUUUAUUUAGAUACUAAAAUUAGUCAAUAAUUGGUAUUAUUUUUCUAGAGCUAGAACCAUUUUUUAGUCAAUAGAUUUAUAUUUAAAUAGAACUUUAAUUUUACCCAAAUGCAAAUAAAGGACUUUUUUGCAUUUGAAGUUAUAGAAACUGUAGUUUCAUUUCACUAGCAUUUAUCCACUGAUUGUGCAAAUAAAUUUUACCUGUUCCAUAAUCGUAAGCAAUUACGUUGUUUCUUUUUUAUUAGUGUUAAAUGAUUGAAGAAAACAAUAUCAUAAUUUCCAUGGGUAAAGUUAAUUUUGAUUUAUAAAUUUCUGUAAUUACUUGUCUUCAAAAUAAAUUUCACUA